AUGGCGUCAUUAUUACGAGAACAAAAUGAGAAAAUCCGUAAUCUGGAGAAUAUAGUGAAAGUUCAAAAAGAGGAAAUAAAUGUGUUAACAGAUGAAUUUAGUAUUGUCAAAAUUCAGAAUCGUGAAAAUGAGCAUGAAAUUGUAAAAAUGAAAGAAACAAUAUCGAAACUCUUGCAAAAAUGUAACGAUCAGAAUGGAGGUCUUAAUGCGGAUACUAAUGAAGGGAAAGACGAUAACAUGGCGAUUGUCGAAAGAAAGAAUAACGGUAAGAGACUUUUAGAAGGAAGCAUAACACCGACUCCUACUCCCACUCGUCCUACAGCUUUUUAUGCCCACAUGAGUCACAAUGAAGUCAAUGCUGGUAAACAUCGUACUUUGAUAUUUGAUGUCAUAAAGACAAAUAUCAACAACGAUUACAGUCCAUAUUCCGGAAUUUUCACAGUGCCAGCCGAUGGUGUGUAUGUAUUUACGUUGAGUUUGAGAAUAGAGACUGGUACGACUGGUGCAUUUGAAAUCGUUAAAAAUAAUGAUGUCCAAGGUUCUGCAAUAGGGGUCAUCAAUUCUGACAGUGGACAUGACAUUCAAUUACAAGUUUCCGAGACAAUCGUCAUUUCUGCUACCAAAGGCGACAACGUUUUCGUAAGAACGCAUUCUCAAUAUGGUCAUACCGGUUAUAUACUUGCCGAUGGUAAUGGCAGAUCGAUGUUUGCUGGUUGGUCAAUUUUGAAUUAA